AUGUCUUCCAAGGCGGCGGUUAACCACCCCAUGAACACCAAGCAGAAGGAGCAGGACAUCAACCAAAAGCUGCAGCUCUUUGGUAUCUAUCAAGCGUUCAAGAAUGGCAAGCUUCCAUCGAACAAACAAUGUGAUGUUGCCUUGAACACCGCGCUCCAGCACAAGGCUCUCUCUGCCCCGUCGAAAGAACUCUCCACUGAGGGACAGGGCCUUGUCCAAGAUCUCCGCGAUGUUAUCAACAAUGCCAAAAAGCUCAUGCUGAGCAAGAACGACGGUCAGCUGCUUCAAGAAUUCCUCUGGGAGGCCCAGAACAUCUCUGCAGAAGAUACAGAGAAGCCUGGGUUGCCUGUGACCAAGGAUUCGGCCCAGCAGGAUGCUCAGGAGUCCAUCGAGGGACUGAAGACCCUGGGAAGACUCCUAAUCACCAAUGGGGAAUUCAGAAAGCUUCUCAAUGAUGCUAUGAUCCUAGCUCGCGAUAUGGCUGGCGAUGUGUCCCAAAAAGCUUCCGACCGGCUGAGGCCAUCGCAGGAUCAACUUUCUCAGAUCGACGAGCCCGCCGAGGAUAACGUGUGGCAUGAGCAACCGGACUUCUCGCAGCAAAAGGAACAGUUCAAGUCCCGCUUCAAGAAAAACAAGGAAGAGGGCAAGCAAGAUGUGACAGAUGCGGCCGCUCAGGCUGCGACCGGCGGACAGCAGCCCCAGAGCGUCUCAGAUGUCGAUCCUCGUGCUGGUGCGACCGCCGGAGCGCAGAGAGCCCAGGAAUUGGUGUCUGACAAUGUUCCCGAGGAACAGAAGGACCGGGCUCGUGAGUACCGUGAAAGAACCAAGAACUAUCUCUCGGAGAAGAUGCCUCAAGAGCGCCGCGACCAGGCCAUCUGGCGACUGAAGAAGAUGGUCAUUGAAAUCCAGGGCCAUUCGGACUACCAGCAGGCUAUUCGGACUCUGCUUUCAAUGGCCGAGAAGUAUGGCAGUCACACCCGUAACCUUUCUCAGCAGGGUGCUGGGUCAGUCCAAGGCUUCCGAAGCGGUGAUAAAAUCCAGAAAAUGGAAACAAACCUGAGGACUCUGCUUGAGCGCUUCGCCAACAGCACUUCUCUUGACAACCUCUUCGACUCCCUCGACAACAUCUACCGCGAUGCGGACAGAGACCCCGAGCUGAAGGGAUGGUUCCGCAACAUGGACACAUUCCUUAGAAAAACUCUGACUGAGCAGGGUUACAUUAUGGAAGAUGACUGCACCCGUCAGUGGAACCAGUUGAAUGAGCACGGACGAUACCUACUGCGUGACCGCUAUAAGGACCACACAGAUCGCAUCUUGGAUGAGAUCAAAUUCAUUGGUGAUCAAUUCAACCAGGAUCCCCAGAACCUGGCCUUCAGAAGCUCUUUGGAGAAGCUCUUCGAAGACCUUGGCCGAGAUUCGAGUGGCAAUGUGGCCUUCAAGAAGCAUCUUCUCAAGGACAUUCGGGAUGUCAUCCUCCCUGCUGCCUUUGAGAACGUGCGUUACGUUCCGGUCCCACGGAUCGAAGUCUCUGACCCCUCCGCUGAUGUGGUCGUGGAAAACCUCGUGAUUGAGAGCGACAACUUGAUGCCAAACGUGGUUGAAUUCGGCAGCGACAACUACUUCCGCUGGGGACGCAAGAAGAUUAGCAGCAAGAGAGACAACAAGAUCAUGAUUUCUGUCUCUGGAAUUCAAGCCGAUCUCAGGGAUGUCAGCUACUACAUCAACCGGAAGCAGGGAUUCCCAGCAAUCACUGACACCGGUAUCAUGGACAUCUUCUUGGGUGGUGAAGGUUUUGGGUUCAAGAUCGCGGCCUCUACUGCUCAAAGGGAGGAUAGCCAGCACUACAUCAAGCUAGACAAGGUGUCCGUCAAGAUCGACUCUUUCAACGUGAAGCUGAAGAAGUCGAAGCACAAGGCACUUUUCACCAUCUUCAAGCCUCUGCUCUUCCGUGUCGUCCGCCCGACCCUACAGAAGGUCAUUGAACAGCAGAUUCGGGAUGCAUUCGCCAAGGGUGAUGCCCUUGCAUACGAAAUCCAAUCUCGGGUCAACGAGGCUAAGGAGGCCAGCCGCGAGGACCCUGCCAACGCCCCCAAUAUCUACUCACGCUACCUGGAUGCUUUCCGUGCCCGUGGCGAAGAGAAGGCUCGCAAGGCCCAGGCCCAGGCUCAGGCUGCGGCCCAGCGUGGUACCAAGGUCCAGACCGCUACUACUCUUCACGAUUCCAUCUUCCCCGACAUCAAGCUUCCUGGUGGUAUCUCCAGCAAGGCUACGGAGUACAAGGAGUUGGCCAUGAAGGGCGAACGUUGGGAGUCCCCUGUCUUCAGCAUUGGCAGUGCGUCCGAGUCUACCGACAUUCCCAAGCCGGCAAGCAUCUCGCGCAAGCGUCGCUCCCCUCUUGAGCAGGGCCCAACCACUGGGGCCGCCACCAAGGGCCCCUCGGCUCUCGCUGACGGCAAGCCGACCACCGGAGGCGUGGCAGCUCUCGAUGGCCGGGCGGCCAAUGGCUCUCAUGCCCUGGGCACUAACGGCUACACUAACGGUCACACCAACGGGCACACCAAUGGCCACACUAACGGUCACACCAACGGCUACACUGCCGGCACCAACGGCUAUACCAACGGCCACUCCAAGCCCUAUGACCAUGUGGCCGCCUCCCGCGGCUUCUCCGACGAAGUCAACCAGGCCUUCGGCAAUGGCCACACUAACUUGACUGCUAAUGGCCGUCCCACUGUCCCCGGUGCUCAGACCGCAUUCAACCCCCAGACCGCUUAA